GCUACCCAACUACUUCUGAUUUGUGUGUGCAAAGAUACCCCCAUUUGUCUGCAAUGGAAUAUGACUUACACAGGAAGAAGAAAGUCACAUCUGUUUUGAAAGCUAGCCCUUACACAGUGCAUGAUCGCGUUGAAUUUGCUGAGCUUACAAAACGUUUCUCAAAAGAUUUUAAGGAAAGAAUAACCAACCCUCUUCAUUUUGACAUCUGCUGGGGCUCUCCGUUCAAGCUGCGGCAUGUGACAACUAUUUUGAAAGUCCAGAUCCCUUCUCUACAAUCAUUAGAGACCGAAAGGAUUUUGGAACGUCAGAGACUUGAGAAGUCUGAACUCCAACGCAAGGCUUCAUGGGGUAGACAGAUUGAACUAAAAAGCAAGAUCUUUUUGGAGAGAAGACCCCUGCCCCCUAGUGGUUCUGAUUAGAACUUGUUUACCUCUGUAUAUGUAUUUGUCGUGUAUUUCUCUUGAGUAACUAUGGUCCAGCCAGUGAUUGAA